AUGGACUCGUUUCUGUCGCUGCCGGGGUCUGCUGCGGUGUCACGGGCCGCCAGUCCGGUGGGAAGUGUGGUUGGAAACUCGGCAUCCCCUACUCCAGUGAGCGAACCGUUUGUGAAGACCGAGAAAGACCCGGAUCUCAGCUCACCUGUCAACAGAAGCAGCAGCACUGGACCUGGUCUGACUGGCUCGUUUUCUUCGUCGGUGUCUGCUGGUGCUGCUGCUGGAGGUCCGGGAUCUGAAGCCAGUCAAGAACAACGACAACAAACAGCCAUUGACAGUUUAAAACAGCUGGAUCCACUGGCCAUGGUCCUGAAUCUCGUAGAAGUCGUGCAAUCGGGCAAAACCGCUCCCAAAGACGUGUACAAUGCCGCCGGGCCCAUCCGACUGAAACUCAGUAAAGCCAAAUCCUCUUUACAAGACCUCGAAGGUCUCGACCAAACAAUCGACGAACGCAGGUCUACAAUCACAGCUCUUGAGCACAAAAUCGCCCGCCAAACCGAACUCCUCCGCAAAUUCCAAGUCCACAUGGGCGUCGACCCUGCCCCUCCUGCUCCUUCAAACGGGUCUCCUACCGCCAUGGAAAUCGACUCUUGA